AUGUCCGAUCCAUCCAGCUCGUCAAUCGGCGCGCUAGGCAGUGCACCUUCCGCCAGCCAAACCAAAUACGCCAGCCUGCCCGACGUCGACACAUCAGCACCGGACGUGUACGAGUACCAAGGACCCAACCGCGAUCCGACCCGCGUCGGUCGACAGCGAUCACGACAGCAGCGCAGCGAUGGUCAAGAUACCGGCUCGGAUUCUUACAGCGACGACUCGGACCAUAGUGCCAAUCGCAAGCAUGCUGGAGAUGGCAAAGCAGGAGCGUCCAAUGAUAUCGACGGCUCGUCGUUGAGGCGCAACGAUGCAGCUGCCAAGUUUGACGGUGCCACCGCGUUGGAUGUGGAUAGAGCAGACUUCUCAGGCCGACUGCAUGGGAGGAGGAGAGGAACGAGAAAGACGGUUGCGACGCGGCCCAGAGAUGCGGGGCUCGAGACGACGACGUAUUCGUUGGACGGGGAAGCCGCGAGGGGUGCAGAGUCGGUAGUGGAUCGUCUGCGAAGGCUCAAGUUUGAAGCGAGUCAGUUGGAGGAGGAGUUGAAUGCCGCUGCUGCUGCGUCAUCCAACGGCGAAGACGCAACGAAGAAGGAGGCAGGGACACAAGUCGGGGAAAACGCCGAAGUGUUGGAUCAGCUCAAGCUUCUUCAGGAGCAACUGGCCACCCUGCCGACAUCUUCCGUCAAGACAGUUGACGAGACCCAAGCCGACAAGGUGAACAUCCGGGCGUUGCUCCAGCAAGUCAAACAGUCAUCAUCAAUUUCAAAGACUGCUGCGACUUCUUCAGUUCCAGCAGCAUCCGGAGCAAGCACCAGCACCACUGACAUGGUUCAAUUGGAGGCACGCCUAUCGGAACUCGAAUCGACGCUUGGACUCGAAGAAGCUUUACUAGACGAGUCCAAACCCGUCCCUCGCCCAGUACUAUCCACAUUGUCUCGGCUGGAACACCAGCUGUCGCUGCUCUCACAACCUCGUCAUCUAGAUGCCAUCAGUCGACGCGUCAAAGUGCUCGUCACAGAACUGGAUCGCGUACACGACGUGCGUCGAAAACUCGGCACCAAUGCGGAAGCCACCAAAGAUACCGACUCGAGCUCGACGCUCACGCCUGCCGAACUCACCAAGCUCCAGCAGCUCUUUGACGUCUCUACACGUCUCGAACCACUGCUACCCAUCGUACCUUCCGUGCUGACGCGUCUGCAGACGCUCUCCGACCUCCACUCGUCCGCCUCGCAUUUCGCCAGCACACUGCAGGAGCUGGAGGAGGCCAACGAAGAACGCCAGCAACAGGGCGAGCAACUCGAUGCAUUAUUGCAAAAGAUGGAGGUGAACAUGGAGCAGAACAGGAAGACGGUGGAGGCGAAUCUGAAUUCGUUGCAGAGCAGGAUCGAGGAUGUUGCGGGUCGAAAAAGAUCGGCAAAGCGCGGCUUCGGCUUGGUCGGGAAAGAGAGAGUUGGAGGACCCUUGAAACCGCGGUUCGCCGUUGGAUAA